AUGCAGUUGUUGUAUCUACCGAUCGAGCUCCUCGAUCUGAUCAUUCUCUACUGCGUCACUACGGAGCCAAUGACUGUCAACCUGGCGCCAACGGCAACCUGUCUGACGCGUAGUCUGUUCCCGUUCGUCUCUCGACGCAAGCGCUACACAGUAACAAAUUACCCAUACAACCUUCUCUUGAUCAAUCGCCUGAUCUCCCGCCUUGCUUUCAAGCACAUCUGGACUCAGAAGUCUCUUAUCAUCUCUCUGACCCCAUCAGAUGCUUUAUGCUUCCUCCUUCACGGACUAAGUCAGCACCAGAAAGACGCACUGUGCAAGGUUCAGCUUCCCAGAUUCUUGCUGAGCUGGUCAUUCCCUAUCAACUCUGACAUCUGGCUGAUUGCAGGCAAGGAGAAGGGCGAAAGUUGGUAUGAAGGCGCCAAGGAUCCAGAGAUGGAGGUUCCCGGCAAGAGGUUCCAGAAAUUGGUUGGCAUGUUGGACACAGAAUCUACUUAUGCAAUUGGUCCUUUUGGUUCUCACACAGUGCAAUUGUGCAUCAAAGACAUCCUAGUAGGCAUGGCGUUCUACGUUCACAUGAUCUUCGAGGGCUUCUUCUGUUUCUUCUAG